AUGCAAAGUUUAUCGCAUCGCGAUGAAACGCCAGAUCGUUAUCAAUCACGAGAAAUUAUUGAUACAACUGGAAAUAAAUCGGGUCUAUUAGCAAAAUUAACUGAUGCUAAAAGAACAUUAUUUGGACGUAGUCAAAUACCCGAAGCCUUCUUCAAUUCUCAUGUACAAAAUAAAGCUAUUUUGUCCUAUAUCUUAUCUGAACCACAACCUCAAUUGAAUAUUAUACAAGAAUUUGAGAAAAAUGGAUCACAAUUAAAUGCAAUUACUGAAGAUGGAAAUAAUCCACUACAUCUAUUAGCAUGUGCUGAUUCACAAUCGUCCGAACGUAUUAAUAUUGUUCAAUAUUUAAUUACAAAAGGAUGUGAUCCUAGUAGACAAAAUGAUCAUGGUUGGACAGCUGCACAUUAUGCACUGGCUGCAAGAAACACAGAUGUGGUGAUAUAUCUUUUAAAAAUAAUGAUCGACGUUACAGUACACUCAUCUGAAGCACAUUUUGAUUAUCCUAGUCAAACACAAUUGAUUCAUACAGCUGCACGUAAAAAUGACAGUGUACUAAUUCGUAUACUAAUUAAAACUUAUAAAGUUCGUGCAAAUGUAUUUGAUGAAGAUGGUUGUUCUCGUUUACACAUUAGUUGUUAUGAAGAUAAUGUAGAUGCUUAA